AUGUUGGGGAAGACUACCCUGUUUCUGGCUUUUCACAUGGCUCUGCUAGGGACAGUCUUUGGUGGAAAUGUUCUGAUUUGGCCAAUGGAAGGUAGUCACUGGCUUAAUAUCAAGAUAAUUUUAGGGAAACUGAUAGAAAAACAGCACAAUGUCACAGUACUGGUUGCUUCUGGAGCACUCUUCAUCACACCUACUACUGAUUCGUCUUUGAAAUUUGAAGUAUAUAAAGUAUCCUUUGAAAAGGAAAAAAUAGAGGGUGUCAUCAGGAAUUUUGUUCUCACAUGGCUGGAAAAUAAGCCUUCUCCUGCAACUAUCUGGCGUUUCUACUCAAAAAUGACCACAGUCAUUCAUGAGUUCCACCAAGUAUCUAGAGCAAUUUGUGAUGGUGUGCUUACCAAUCAGAAGUUAAUGGAUAAACUCCAGAAGGGCAAAUUUGAUAUUUUAGUCUCCGAUCCAGUAUUUCCCUGUGGUGACCUGAUUGCGCUUAAGCUGGGAAUCCCAUUUAUAUAUUCCUUGAGAUUCUCUCCAGCCUCCACAGUGGAAAAACACUGUGGGAAAGUGCCAUAUCCUCCUUCCUAUGUUCCUGCUGUCUUGUCAGAGCUCACCGACCAGAUGUCUUUUAGUGACAGAAUAAGAAACUACAUCUCCUACCAUUUACAGGACUACAUGUUUAAUACUCUUUGGUCCCCAUGGGAUUCCUACUAUAGCAAAAUUUUGGAUGCCAGCCACUGGCUAAAUAUUAAGAUCAUUAUAGAGGAACUGAUUCAAAGAAAUCAUAAUGUCACUGUGCUGACAUCACCAAGUGCACUCUUCAUUAAAUCUAGUCCCGAUUUACAGGUGAACUUUGAGGUGUUUCCUGUUCCUUUUGGGAAGAAGGAUAUAGAUUCCUUGAUUCAUGAUUUGAUUAUGCUGUGGUUAGACCACAGGCCAACUCCUUUGACGCUCUGGAAAUUCUAUCAGGAACUGGGAAAAUUCUUUGAGACCAUCUUUAAAAUUAAUAUGCAAAUCUGUGAUGGAGUGCUAAACAACCGAGGGUUAAUGGCAAAGCUUCAAAUGGCAAGGUUUGAUGUAUUACUAGCAGACCCAGUAACCAUCUGUGGGGACUUAGUUGCUCUCAAGUUAGGAAUUCCAUUUAUGUACACCUUGAGAUUCACACCUGCCUCAACAGUGGAGAGACACUGUGGGAAAAUCCCAGCCCCUGUCUCCUAUGUACCAGCGGCCUUGUCAGAACUCACAGACCAGAUGCCCUUUGGAGAACGAAUUAAAAACAUGUUAUCUUAUCCUCUGCAAGACUAUAUAUUUCAGUCCUACUGGGGAGAAUGGGAUUUAUACUACAGCAAAAUAUUGGAACAGCAGUCCAGUGUGAUAGAAGACUUCAGGCUCAAGCAAUAUGCCAAAAAACUGGGCUACUAUUCUACUGGGGCUGCAGCUCUGCUGCUUUGGCUAUGGGGCUUGCGGGAAGGUUCUGGUAUGGCCAGUGGAAUGCAGUCACUGGAUUAA